AUGAUUUCAGACACUGGAAUCAGUGCACUUGCCGAAGGUUCGGAUUCAAACAGCAGCAAUAACCCAUUCCGCCCAUCCAAGCGUCGAAGACAUGACGAAGAUAAUAAUCCAACCUCUUCCGUGAGAUUCAAAGGAGUCGUCUUACAGCAAAACGGGCAUUGGGGAGCCCAAAUAUAUACCAACCACCAACGGAUCUGGCUUGGGACAUUCAAGUCAGAGAAGGAAGCAGCAAUGGCUUACGACAGUGCAGCCAUCAAGUUACGAGGCGGAGACUCUCACAGGAACUUCCCAUGGACGAACCUCAGUCUACUAGAACCAACCUUUCAGGAACUCCAUACCACGGAAUCGGUGUUGAAUAUGAUUAAAGAAGGUACCUACCAGUCCAAGUUCGCGGAAUAUGUGAGGACUCGGUCAUUAGGGAUGGACAACGAAAUCGGAUUAAACCUGGUGAGGGGUCGUGUCAACAAUGAAAGGGGUUUCUUGCGUCAACAACUCUUCCAAAAGGAGUUGACACCAAGCGAUGUGGGGAAGCUGAACAGGCUUGUUAUUCCAAAGAAAUAUGCCGUCAAAUACUUUCCUCCGGUUCCUGAACAUAGCUCCGAGGAAGAGGAUGAUCAUGAUCAGGGUGGCAGUGGGGUGGAUGAUGUUCAGUUGGUUUUCUACGACAAGUGGAUGAAGUCGUGGAAGUUUCGAUACUGCUAUUGGAAAAGUAGCCAGAGCUUCGUAUUUACCAGGGGUUGGAGCCGAUUCGUUAAGGAAAAGAAACUCAAGGCUAAGGACAUUAUUACAUUCUACAGGUGCGAGAGGAGGGAAGGUUGUUUCGGAGAGGAGCCUACGUUCUGCAUGAUUGAUGUAGAGUACAAUGAAAGCCAAGGCGUCGACUCUGCAGGUUUGAUGGGGAUGCAUGUGGGCCUUCAACUUCAACUUGGUUUGUCUCUGCCACCGAAUUACGAGUUUGGGUCGUCGGACAGGGAAUAUUGCAGCAAGUUGCCGGAGGAUGACAAGACACCCACGAUUUUGGAAUCACCAGAACUGCCACCAGGCCCACCGCGGGAAGAGCAGAAGGAUGUAAUUACACUUUUCGGUGUAAGAAUCAGUUAG